AUGCAACUAUUCCAAUACAUCUCAAUCAUCGCCUUUGCUGCUCAAACAUUGGCUGCCAAGACUCGCUAUCAAUUCUUUGCAAAAUCUGAAUAUGACGAGAUUAAUGGACAUGGAUUAACUUUUCUUCCUGAAGGGGAUGCAAUUGACUAUUUUUUUGUUCAAAAUGAUGGCUCAACCCCCGCUUCUAUCUUAACGUAUAAUGAUGAACAACAAGAAUUUUACUUCCAAGUUACUCCUAAUUUGAAACUUGGCCUUACAAAAGGUGGGGAUAUCUUACUGUUGAGUUUGGGAACUCCAUUGAAAGCUGAUAUUGGUGAAGAUGGGAUAGUAACUUUUGAUGGUAGUGACAAGUUACAUGCAGUUCUGCACCUCCAUAUAUCAAAUACUGGAGACAACUAUGCCGUCAUUGUGGGGAAUUUCAAAGGCGGAUUUCCGUUUACUAUUGAGGCAAAGGAGUAUACAAAAUAG